AUGGGUACCCGGCUGCCCCAGUGCUCAUCCUUAAAAGUUACUGGAUUUGGCGAUUCUAUAGAUUUAUACACAAAGUCAAGAUACUAUAAUAAUAAUUUACACCAAUUGUGUUCAAGUUUUUUUAAUUGUUAUGUGGUAGAUGCCACUUCCCCCUUCUUGUGCAGUGAUAGGUUUUUUUAUGUUGAUGGUGUUCAUCUAACUCUUGAAGGGAAGGCAGCACUUGCUUCUGAAUUCACAAAUUUAAUAUCUCAAUUUGUUUACUACCAAAACUUCAAACCCAAGCAAACCACUAGAAUACCUAAAGAAUUAAAAAAAUUGAAUAAUACUUCCAGAAGUUCCUGCUCAAAAUCAACUGUUCAACAACCAAUCCUCUCAGAAAAGGAAAAAGCCCUUAUAAAAUACAGAAAAAGGGAACGAUAUGGAAAGCCUUAUGUUAAACCGAAGGUGGAACAACCAAAGAGAAAAAAAAAGAAAGUUGUAAAAAAACAAGAUCCAGUGUUGCUCCCUCCUCCCCCUAAAUAUCACGAGCCAGCAUUUAAGAACCCGAGCUUUAUUCCAUACACAACAUUCCCAGCACAAUCAUCAUGCUACCACACAUGCUCCCGUUCCCCACUCCCCAAGUCCCCUACUCCUUAUGUUACUUCACGCAAGAAGGCCAGAGAAAGGAAGAGGAGGCGGCAGAGGAUCAAGAAACACCGGAAAAGGAAGAAGAUCAAAUAUGAGGAUGUCCACUUGCUGGCCCAACAUCACUAUGACCAACCAUCAGUCACAAAUAGAGCUCUUUCGAACACAUGUGAUUCUCCACAAGUAAGAUCCUCGGCUCUUCGUGUCACUCGUCCAGUCACACCUCUAGCUCCAGAUCCCCAUCCACCACCAGUUCCACCCUCAAUAGCACCUCUAGCUCCUGAUCCCCAUCCACCACCAGUUCCACCUUCAAUAGCACCUCUAGCUCCUGAUCCCCAUCCACCACCGGUUCCACCCUCAACAGCACCUCUAGCUCCUGAUCCCCAUCCACCACCGGUUCCACCUUCAAUCGCACCUCUAGCUCCUGAUCCCCAUCCACCACCAGUUCCGCCUUCAAUAGCACCGCUAGCGCCAGAUCCCCAUCCACCACCAGUUCCACCUUCUAUCUCUCCUCUAGCUCCUGAUCCCCGUCCUCCACCUGUUCCACCUUCAAUCGCACCUCGUACAAUAUUGUGUAACAAACAUACAAAUGUUUCGUUGGGGUGAAAGAGAAGCCUACCAAACGUAAGCAGCCCUGUGGAAAUUUUUCAUGUGGUCCAUGUAGCCUUUGUCAAAAAACAUCCCACAAAUACACC